UACUUCAAGUCCCGGCCACACCCAAAUUGAAGUUCUGUUUACGUUUCCCCGCCAAAACCACAAGUUUUGACCUUCUUUUGCUCUUAAUGUAUGCUGAAAUAAUAGUUUGUCUUUGGUUGCCAAGUCGUCAGCAAUCCUGAAAUUACCCAGUUCAGGAACCAAGUCAAAGCAGCUCAGCAAACGAAGAACAGUAAACAGAAUUCAGUACAAUGAAGAAGCCCGUGGCAGGAUCUAAAAGGGACAAAAGGGACCAAUACCCUCCAGUAUAUGGCGUGCCUAAGAAAAUGGUACAUCAUCAAUCUACUCCCAAUGUAUCUGAUGGAUCUGAGCAGUCUCGGAACUUUUAUCAACAUGACUCCCGAUACAAAUCUUGGUUCCAAAAUAUGUCUCCAGAGCCUAAAUAUGGACAUCAACCAUUUCAUGGCAACUCCUUGAUGGCAACAGGACGCAAUGUCACCUUGGAUUGCUCUAGUGAAGGUCUGGAGAAUCCGCGGAUCAUCUACUAUGAUGACAACUGGAUCAAGACAAAUCCCACCACAAAUUUGAGCAAUAUGAGAUUCAUCUCGAAAUCCAGACCUGAGUUAACAACCACCGGUACCCUAAGUUGUCCAAAUCCCAAACAGCAAUCUCGCACACUUUCAGCUAACCCUGGAAAAGAAGCAGAUCUUUCAUCCAACGAAGAACCCGUAAAAACUACGGAUCCGAUUUCCUUGUCUCCGUCCCAAUUUCAAAAUCAUAUGGGACCAACAAAAGCUGGUCCGUGGAAACGUGAACGUCACCGAUUACUAAAUGCUGAAGAACUCAUGAAACUGGUCCAUUUCCGAAGAUUCUUAAAAAGUGCUGGAAUCAGUCGAAGAAAGUUGUGUCGAAGAGUUUUGGAAUACCGUCAAACAGACAAUUCUUGUUGCACAUACGAUGAAAACGGAGUCCGAUGUACCAAUGACAAUAUCAGGCGUGGCGAUGAGGAGGAAUUCCGUGAUUUUCUUGAAAUUGUGGCUGUGAUACUUUGUUCUGAUAUUGAAAUCGGGCCAAACACUUUUCAUCGAGCAACCAAAGGACAUGGGGUCCCAGACCGAUUGUACCAACUAGUGGACCGAUCAACGGAUGGACUGGUAACUGCCGAUCAGGUCAUGGAGUUCAUUGCAGGCCUACAGGCCAUUCGACCCCGUAGUGAAUUAACCGAGGAAAACCUGAAAUGGUUGGAAAACGUCUUUCGUCAGUCAGUGGGUGAGAGCGGCGAGAUCCGACUCAUCGACUUCAAGAGCAUUGUCAAUUCCAAAAAUCCAUUUUUCGUUGAACGGGUGUUUCAUAUCUUCGACAAAGAUGAUAAUGGAAGCAUAUCGCUUCAAGAAUUCCUCGAUGCAAUGCACCAAUUUGCAGGACAAAGUCCGGAUGACAAAAUCAAAUUUCUCUUCAAAGUCUACGAUAUUGACGGCGAUGGAUUGAUCCAAGAGAAGGAGCUUCAACACGUGAUGCGAGCCUGUAUGGACGAGAAUGGGAUGAAGUUUGACGAGGGUGAAGUGGAUGAUCUCACUCGCGCUCUGUACUAUGACGCCACCACUCUGACCAAGAAAAUGAGCGCGGCGAGUAGCCAAAUCCAGCAACCCUAUCAUCCCACCAACGGGAUCACCUUCGAAGCACUCAAGGCCCAAUUGACCAAGCACGAUGGAUUACUCCAUAACCUAACCAUAUCGAUUGAUCGAUGGCUGGUUCCACCCAAACCCAAGAAACCCGGGAGUCGGUGGCGAGCUCUAACCUCUCAAGUGCCUCAUCAAAUGAGUAUUCCCUACUUGAGGAACAACUUCCAAUUUCUCUCGUUCUCCCUCAUCCUCUUGACCAUCAACCUGGGUCUCUUCAUCGGACGCCUCUGGGAUUACAGACACUUCAAGAACUCGAAUGGAACUAGGAAUUGGUGGAUCAUGUUUGCCCGAGCAGGAGGCCAAUGUCUGAACUUCAAUAGUAUGUUUAUUCUGGUUUUGAUGCUUCGCCAUUCGAUCACGAAACUACGCGAGUUCGGUUUGAACUGGCUUCUCCCCCUGGACCGUCAUAUCUACUUCCAUAAGGUGAUCGGCCGACUGAUCUUCAUCUAUAGCCUCAUACACACUGUGGCUCACAUAGGGAAUCUCAUUGCCAAUUCCGUACCCGAUCCUGUAGGUCUUUUGGAGGCCAAUAACAUCCCUUUGUCCGCCUUCAAAGCUCCAGUCCCAGCCAACUCCUCGUAUUCGUUUUCCGAUUGGCUUUUCACUGCCCAACCCCGCUUAUUUGGCACCAUUGGAGGCGUGGCCAACCCAACUGGCGUAGCCUUGGUGGCCAUCUUCCUAGUGAUGUUCUUCUGCUCCAUGAAAUGGGUCCGAAAAGGUGGAUAUUUUGAGGUGUUCUAUUGGACCCAUUUGCUGUACGUGUUCUACUGGAUGUUACUGAUCCUCCACGCUCCCAACUUCUGGAAAUGGUUCAUCGUGCCCUGCAUCCUUUACGUAAUUGAGAAAGUCUACCGGGUGGGCAACAGUCUCAGCAACAAGGGAAAAUCCUGGGUGACCACGGGUGUGGUUCUACCCUCCCGAGUGGUGUCGUUGGUCAUCAAGAGACCACCACAUUUCGCGUUCAAGCCGGGUGAUUAUAUCUUCAUCAAUAUCCCGCAUAUCGCCACAUUCGAGUGGCAUCCCUUUACGAUUUCGAGUGCCCCCGAGCAAACGGACACGAUUUCAUUGCAUAUCCGAGUGGUCGGACACUGGACGUCGAAAUUGUACGAGUAUUUCGAGGCCGAGCAGAAAAGGCUUGAGUGUGCUAUGCAUGGUGGGAAAUGCGAGGAACCAAUCACUAAGUUCGAGCGGUUUCAACAAACUGUAACUGCGGCCAAGGAGCGUGCCCGCAAGACCUCGGUUAUUUUGACUGGUGGGGGGCAACGUCGAGAAAGUCGCCGCGAAAGUCGCCGAGAAGAUGCGUUGAGUGGGAUCUCGAACCCGUCUUUCUCGGGAACUUCGAGUAACUUGAGUGUUCCAUCCCCCAACUCGAUCAGCCACGAGAUCGAGAUCGAGGAGAAUAACAACAUGUCCGAGGUCGAGAAGAACAUCAGAGCCCGGAUGCAACGUCGAGAUGGAAUCAUGAGAGCCCGAGAGGCGGAGUUGGAGAAGCUCGAGGAGGAAGAGGACGAGGAGGGCGUGGAGGAAGGAACCAAGUCCUCCUCAGCUGCGGUGACCGGGACCAAGACCGGCGGAUCCCAAAACGUCGCGAGGCAUUUCCGAUACAUGAGACGCAAACCCACCAUCAUUUCAUACAAACCUCCUGAAGCUAUCGAUGAAGAACCAGGAUUGGAGGAGAUUGUGACUUCCGAGGGUCAGGAUUGUCUGCACUCGGAUUCCUACAUCUUGGACCGGGUGGUCGAGAAAAUUGAGGGUGACUCUCCUGGAGAAGGACCGAAAUUGCACGUGGUCAAGAAAGUUCGAGGAUAUUCCAGUGACAAUCUAAUCAAACUCACGAAACCAUUAGUUGUCUAUAUUGACGGUCCUUUUGGAGCUCCCACUUCACAAAUAUUCCGAGCUCAACAUGCAGUUCUCAUCGGAACCGGUAUUGGUGUUACUCCGUUUGCCUCUAUACUGCAGUCUAUUAUGCAUAGAUACUGGCAAGCCCGCAAUACAUGCCCCAAAUGCCACUAUAAGUGGACCAAUGAUCUGACACCAUCCGUGCUGAAUCUCCGAAAAGUGGAUUUCUUCUGGAUCAAUCGUGAUCAAAGAUCCUUUGAGUGGUUUGUCAAUCUUCUCUCCCAAUUGGAAAUCGAGCAAGCUGAACAGGGUGGCGCCAUGGAGCGAUUUCUGGACAUGCACAUGUACAUCACUUCAGCCUUGCAAAAGACCGACAUGAAGGCUGUGGGCCUUCAACUGGCUCUUGACCUACUUCAUAAAAAGUCCAAACGUGACUUGAUCACGGGCUUGAAAACCCGGACGAAUGCAGGGCGCCCAAACUGGGACAAGGUGUUCAAGACGAUCUCCGAGGAGAAGAAAGGCAAAGUGACCGUUUUCUUCUGUGGCAGUCCGCAAUUGGGAAAGAUUCUCAAGUUGAAGUGCGACGAGUACGGAUUCCAUUAUCGAAAGGAGAACUUCUAAAUCAAGUCUCUCUCGCGAGUGAUAUGAAUGUACAAGAGUAUCGAUUAUUUAUUAUUAAUUUAUCUAUCUAUUGAUUGAUUGAUUGCCAAUGUAUGUAUUGUAUGUAAUAUGAUGAUCACCAUGUCCUUGAAUGACAUGUGGCCUAAUAGUCUAAUCACCCUUGCCCGCAGAUGAACUUGCCAAAAAUAAAUUACGAGACAACUACCACCAAGCACAAACAAAGAGCUUCGCAUUUUGAUU